CAGACUAACAGGGUGGCAACAAUGUCUCUCCUGUCCUUAACCAACCCCCCUGGCUGGAGCAUGUGCUCUGCUCUCUGCAUCCUGAUCGUGCUGCUCCCAGAGACCAAAGCAGACGACCUGAACACUACCACUCAGAGCAAUGGCGGGGGUUCCCAGUGUGGGGAGUACACUAACCAGGUGAUGGAGAAUGGGAUGUGUCGGCUGGUGGCCACGCUGCCCCAGCUGGACGAGCAGAGAUGCCCAGAUAUGUUUCGCUGCACAGACGAGGUUUCCUACUGGCUGCACGAGAACGAGGAGAGGAAGCAGCAGAUUGUGGCUCUGAAGGAGACCAUCUCUGAGCUGCAGGAGGAGCUGAGGAACCAUCGGCAUCGCAUCAAGGUCCUCGAGCUGCAGAGUGAAGAGAGAACCCAUUUGAACAUCUCCCUGGAACAGCGUUUUCAUGAGUUGGAGUUGCACUAUGCUGAAGCUACCACCCUGCUGCACCUUCAGGGCACUCUGAUCUUGGACCUACAGAACCAACUCCAUAAUCUGACACUUUUGGUGAAUAAAGUAAAAAGAAGCCCUGGUUGUUUGAUCAACAUUGUCCGUCCCAACCCUCUAAUGAGUGCUCAAGAAGCUUUGCACCCAGAGAUUCAGCAUGUGAGGAACUGUCCCAUAGACUGUGCUUCUAUCUACUACAAUGGAGUGAGGCGAUCAGGCCUCUACACUGUAGUGCCAUCACUGGCAGGCAUGCCUGUGGAAGUUUACUGUGAUAUGGACACAGAUGGUGGCGGCUGGACUGUGAUCCAGCGGCGAGUUGACGGCUCGGUGAGCUUUGACCGCAGCUGGAGGGACUAUAGGGAUGGUUUUGGAGACCUGCACUCAGAAUUCUGGCUAGGCAAUGACUACAUACAUGAACUGAGCACGCAGGGAGACUACAGCCUCCGCAUUGACCUGGAGGACUGGAGCAACAAGCACAAACACGCCCUCUACCAGAGCUUCAGUGUGGAAGAUGAGGAGCAUCAGUACCGUCUCCACGUGUCAGGCUUCAGUGGCACGGUGCAGGACUCUUUCAGCUGGUACCACGACAAGCAGGGCUUCAGUACACCAGACACUGGUAACAUCUGUGCUGAGAUCUCCCAUGGUGGUUGGUGGUACAACCAGUGCUUCUACGCCAACCUUAAUGGUGUCUACUACAGAGGAGGCCCCUACACCCCGAAAGGCCGGGGCCCGCUGGGUCCUGAUGGGAUUGUUUGGUACUCCUGGAGAGACUCUGACUACUACUCUCUACGAAAAGUCAGCAUGAUGAUCCGACCACAUAGCUUUCGGACCCGUUUGUCACCCUGAACCACUGUCACCUUGACAACGGAUGCAGGAACAAUACUUUGGCAAUGGAGAUGACCUCUUCAAGAGGGAACUGAAUCUCAGACAUGUCAACAGGUUUUGUAGUGAGUGAACCUACAAACUAACCUGUGGAAAUUUUAUCUCUUCUGAUAUUUUUGAACAGAACAUAU